UUUGUUGAGCUAUUUAUUGUGUUACAUAACAUUCUAUAUAUCUAUAUCUUGGUACUACAUCUGAAUUUCAGAGGAGUUCUAAAGGACUCAUGCCUAUAAUCACCUCUGCGACAUUUUAUUGAGCUUGAGCCGAGGCAGAAAAAAUGAAGCUGCAUUCCGUUGAGGUUCAGUCUUUGCUGUUUUUCGUUCUGCUGAUCUUGCCACUAAUCACUGCUGAUUUGAACUCGGACAAAAUUGCCCUUCUGAAUUUUGCUGCUUCUGUUCCUCAAGGUCGGAAACUCAACUGGAAAAAUAAAACCUCAGUUUGUACAUCAUGGUCCGGUGUCAGUUGCAAUGGCAGACGUGUAACUACUCUUCGGUUGCCUGGUAUUGGACUCUACGGUCCUAUUCCACCCAACACAUUAGGAAACCUUGAUGCACUUACUAUCCUUAGUCUGCACUCUAAUUUUCUUAAUGGAAGUCUUCCAUCUGAUAUUCUUUCCUUACCUUCUCUUAGCGAUAUAUACCUUAACAAAAACUCGUUUUCUGGUGAAAUACCUUCUGAUCUCUCUUCACAACUAGUAACACUCGAUCUUUCCUCCAACUCUUUCACUGGAAACAUUCCUGACUCGAUACAGAAUUUGACAAAUCUCAAUACAUUAAACCUUCAGAGAAACUUGCUCACUGGAUCCGUUCCUGAUCUCCAAAGUUCAAAUCUUAAAAACUUGAAUGUUAGCAAUAACCAACUUAAUGGAUCGAUUCCAACAUCGUUAAAAAAGUUCCCUGCAUCAGCCUUUGGUGGGAAUUCCGGGCUUUGUGGGUCACCCCUUACCCAGUGUGUAUCACCAUCACCCGCACCCUCACCAUCACCCACACCAUCACCAUCACCAUCACCAUCACCCACACCUAGAGCAUCACCAUCAUCAUCACCACCAUUACCAUCACCCUCAACUAAUGUAAAUAUACCUCCUCCACGAAUGCGUGUUCCUCCUGCCCAAAGAUUACCUUCUCAACAAAAGGACAACAAGAAACUAAGCAAAGGCGCUGUAAUUGCCAUUUCCGUGGUUUCUUCUUCUGUGCUAUUGCUUCUUCUUUUAACACUACUACUAUUCUGUGCAAAAAAGAAAGAAGGUGUAGCAAGUGGGAGUAAAAGUAAAGCUUUAGGCAUAGGGAGAAUCGAAACGCCUAAAGAAGACUUUAGUAGUGGGGUGCAAGAACCAGCUGGGAGGAACAAGUUAGUUUUCUUUGACAGAACAUCUUAUAAGUUUGAUCUUGAAGACUUACUUAGAGCGUCUGCUGAAGUUCUUGGAAAAGGAGGUUAUGGCACCACUUAUAAAGCGAUUUUAGGAGAAGGGACAAUGGUGGUUGUAAAAAGACUAAAAGAAGUUGUCGUUGGAAAAAGAGGAUUUGAACAACAAAUGGAGAUUAUUGGGAAUGUUGCAAAACAUCCAAAUGUAGUUCCUCUUCUUGCUUAUUACUAUUCAAAAGAUGAAAAGCUACUUAUUUAUGAUUGUGCAACAUCGGGUAGCUUGUCAUCGCUAUUACAUGGUAACAGGGGUUCAGGAAGAACGCUCGACUGGGAAACUAGACUAAAAGUUGCUCUAGGAACAGCAAAAGGAAUAGCACACAUUCAUUUGGCAAAUGGAGGAAAACUAUGUCAUGGAAACAUCAAAUCUGCCAAUGUACUUCUCGAUCAAGACAACCAAGGACAUGUAACAGAUUUCGGGCUAACUCCUCUUAUGGGCAUUCCUACUCUGCCUCCUAGAACAUCAGGCUACCAUGCACCUGAAGUAAUAGAUUCCAAAAAAGCCACUCAAAAGUCCGAUAUCUACAGCUUUGGAGUUCUAUUACUUGAAAUGCUGACUGGGAAAGCACCAGUCCAGUCAUCAUCUGCCGCGGGUCAAGAUGAAGUAGUGGACCUCCCAAGAUGGGUUCAGUCCGUUGUCAGAGAAGAAUGGACUGCUGAGGUAUUUGAUGUGGACCUUAUUAAGUAUCAAAAUGUAGAAGAAGAAAUGGUUCAGAUGCUUCAAAUAGCCAUGACUUGUGUGUCUAAAACACCUGAAACGCGACCAAAAAUGGAUCAAGUGGUUAGAAUGAUAGCCGAAAUCAGGUUGUUGGAUCAUGAGUAUCCUCAAUCUUCAAGCCAAACGCCAUGAUUAAGAAUUGUGUAAUGUAACAGCAUCUGCAGUUAAAAUAGAAUUCUCUUUAUUUAUCACUUGUUUGUUUGAUUUUUAGAACAUGUAUGAAGGAAAUGUAUAAUGUUGUUAUAGAAAUCAUUAUUCAUCA